CGUUAAAUUGCAGAAGUGUCUGAGUGUUAUUUCAUCACAUCUGAGUGCUUGAUAAAAGAAUAUCUCUAACACAUUCGUUCACAGUUCCACAUUUUAGAGUCAAAGAAGUCAGAGAUUCAACCAUGUCUUUUGUUGUGAUGGUGGCACUGCUGUUCUGUUCUGAGACACUCGGGUCAUACUCUGUGUUUGAAGAGGAGGAUAAUAUAACGCAUGAUCUUGUGGAAGCUGACUUUGAUAUUAAUGACUGGACUGCAAUGAACGACAUGUUCUCUGACGACUAUUUUUAUUAUGGUGACUGGAAGGAAGCAGAUCCUUUGACUCCAGUUAACCUGACAGUGGACUCCGUGUUCAACAGCUCAUACUCCUGCAACCUUACUGUGAGCUGUAGUACAAAUUACUUUGACAUCAUCAGCAUUUUUAAAUGUGAUAGCAAAACCUGCUAUCAAGAGGGAGGAGAGCAAACAGAGGGAAGGUGGUGGCCCACUGCUUUUCUUCAUGUCUACCUGUCAGAUGGAUCCAUCAUAUGUAACCAUAGCAAUACAGUAAAUUGGACCAAGGACAUGAUAGAGAUUGAUCGUUUUUGUCCUCAAAAUGCUGGUUCUGAGAGUUUCUCUGACGGUGUCUCCUUCUGUAUGGUGAAGACAGUCGUGUUCUCUGUUGGUCUGAUCAUCAUGUUCUUUGCUGUCAUCAGUGUUCACCUCAUAGAGAAACUUCAGACGCAAAACUAAACAAGUAGUUCUCUGUGAAUCAGUUUCACAGAUCACACAAAAAAACUUUCAUUAACACCAAAGCAGCUGAAACAGAUUAACAACCCCCCUGCUGCUUAACUGAUGACGUCACUAUCCUAAGUGUUUAAUUGACUGGAUAUUUAGAAAGGAAGACAUGUGGCAAUGGGCUGCAUGUGCUUGCCUGCUCCUCACCCACUGAACUAAACUGGCACCCAAAUUUUAUUUUUUUACUAGUUUAAUGAAAAAAAAAUACUGGCUUUAAUGUAAAAUAAGCAAAUUUUUCAUAUUCUGUUAGGGAAACUAAUGAGUGACAUAGUUUGGAUCUGUUUUGAUUUUUUUGUUUGUGUUGCAGGUUGUGAGUCUUUAUCAUCUGUGUGGUGAAGAUAGUCGUAUUCACAUUUGGUCUGAUCAUCGUGUUGCUUGUCAGCACUGUAGAGAAAUGUAAGAAAGAAAGAUAGACAGUGCAAACUUUAAGCUAUAACUAUUUUUGAAGGGAUCUGUGUUUUGUUUAAUUUAUACAGUGCAAAGACAUCAUCAAUAUCAUUUUAAAAUUUUAGGAAUUUGCAAAUGUUUUAUGAGGAAUGCAGUACAUUUUUUAAAACCUCUAAAAGAAAAUUUACUCAUCACAUUUUCAUUUUACACAUUUGAAAGUCAACGCAAAUUUUCUUCAAAAGAACUCCACAAAGCAGCUAACAUAAAUGUGUUAAUUAUUUUUGACGAAAUAAUAAAAUGUCAAGACUCUGCAUCACAUUGUGAAUAAAUGCUUGUUAAUCCUGAUAAAGCUGUUUUCUGAGUUUUUAUAUUGAAAGCAAGUCUAAGGAGCUUGCAAAGAAAAGCAUCUGGACUUCUUUAAGUU